UGACAAUUGUUUAUUUACUAGUGCUUUUGUGGGAUAUUAGUGUCGCACGUGUGCUGCGAAUUUUUGUUUUAAAUGCAAUAUUAGGAAAAACAUUGGAAAUCUUAAUAUUUUCAUGGAUUCUUCACGUUUCUUUGUAGCUAAUUUGCCAACCAAUGUCUCAGAACAACAACUGGCAGAAGUUUUUGAAGAUUAUGGCAUCGUCGAUCGUGUCGAGCUAAAGACCAAAGAGAAUCCCUUUGAGCCAGAGAAUGUCAAAGUGUUGGCUUUUGUAACACUCCAAAUACAUCCAAAAGACGUGGAUCGAUGCGUUGAAGCGCUCAAUUGGGUAAAAAUACAAGGAUCAAAACUUAAGGUCUCUGUAGCGAAGGAAUCCUUUUUGGAGCGUUUAAAACGAGAGCGUGAGGAAGCAGAGAAAGGAAAGUCCGCGGAUAAUAAUAUUGUAUGGACUGAGCAGCAAGCAGAGGGAGCGUUGCCGCGUAGUGCUGAGAAUACGCGUAAAAAGUUUACGGAAGAAGACUUGACAGCGUUAGAAAAUGACGAUGAAAUUUCUGCAGACUUACUGAUCAGCAAAAAGCGUGCAGCUAGCUCAUUGCACAAUGGAAAGAUUGUCAUACAAAGCUACGACACUACUCCGUUGCAUGUCAUCGAGGGUACGAAAAAGAAAAAGCGGAAGCCGGAUGGCACGGAAACUGUGGCAGAGCAAAAGCGUAAGGAAUCACAAAAUAAGAUGACAAAGCAAUAUAAGGAAAAGAAAUCGAUGAUACAGCAGGCGUUAUCUGGCAAGGAAGCGCCAAAAUCUAAUAAAAUCAAGUUUAGCGACGCAGAGGACGACGAAGAGCCAGCAAGCGAUUCAAUACUAAAAUCUAAAACAAACAUUUUUGGCUCUGAUGCAGAAGAUGAUGAAGAGACAGGUGUAAAUUUGCAGCUGAAGCCGGAAUUGUUUGGCAAGAAAGGUGAAAAACUGGUGCAAUUGCAAAGUAAACAGAGUUUGGAUCCGCGUUUCCGUAUUGAUGCCAAAUUCGUCGAGGACGAUGAAGAUGAACACGAAGCGAUGGAAGAAACAGCGUCGAAGGCUGACAAACCCACUGAAGAAAUAAACGAACGCAGCUGGCAAAUGGGCAUACUGGAACAGGUGGUGGGCACUAAAUUCGACACCUCCGAUAAUACGCAAAAGGCCGCGAGAAAGAAACGUAUGUUGCGCUAUGAUCCUGCAAAUGAAGAACACCAAAAGUUACUACGCACAGCCAAAGAAGCGCCAGUAGAUGAAAACAACGCCACGGGUGCCAAAGUAGACAAAAAGAAGAAAAACAAACAGAAAAUAGAACAAGAAGAACCUCCCUCAGUAGAUGCCGGACCAGAAGUGUCCAAGGAAGUUUUCUAUGUCGUCACCGAUACAUUAACCGAAUCGCUUAAAACGCGUGGCGAUGGCUUCAGUUUACUAAAUAUGUUUGGUAAUGCGCAGACGCAAGAUAAACGCGCAGACGAGUUGAAAAAAGUUUCCGAUGCAAAGAUACUUGUAAAUAAACUAGAUAGAAACACAAUGAACCCCUUCAAAUAUGACUCGUCUUCGGACGAAGAGGGCGAAAGUGAGUCAAAACAACUUGCUAUGGGUAAUGCUAAACAAAAGAAAUCUAAACAACAACAAAAUAAAAUUUUAAUGGAAAGUUUUUUUAUACCACGCAACGAUGCGCGCUUGAAGGAGGGCGCCAAAUUCUUCCGAUUCGAAAAGAAGGAUAUACCCGAAGAAGAUUACGAGGCGGUGCGCAAUCGUUUGAAAUUGUUAAUUAGAAGUAAAAUUAAUAAGACAAAAAAGAAUUUGGUAGCCAGUAGCGGUGGCGGGGUGGGUCAUAAGCGGAGAAUAAAAGGGCGCCAUUGAAUUAGUGGCAAAAUGAA